AUGGAGGUAGACACAGAAGGCCGACCGCUCUUCGCCCCCGCCGCAGAUGUGCCUUUAGCGUUCCGGGUAGAGAGCCGCAAGGUUCCUGUGCCACCGCACCGCAUGACGCCGCUCAAGGCUGCGUGGCCGAAGAUAUAUCCUCCGCUUGUGGAACACCUGAAGCUGCAGUGCCGGAUGAACGUCAAGAGCAAGGCGGUUGAGUUACGAACAUCGCACUUUACGACGGAUUCUGAGGCUCUGCAGAAGGGAGAGGACUUCGUCAAGGCGUUUACCCUCGGUUUCGACGUCGACGAUGCUAUCGCGUUGUUAAGAGUGGACGAUCUAUACAUACAGACGUUUGAGAUCAAAGACGUGAAGACACUCCAAGGCGAGCACCUUGGUAGAGCCAUCGGGCGCAUAGCUGGCAAGGACGGCAAGACAAAGUUCGCGAUCGAGAACGCAAGCACGACGAGGGUGGUAGUGGCAGGCCAGAAGAUCCACAUAUUAGGCGGCUUCAAGAACAUCCGUAUAGCACAAGAGUCUAUUGUGUCCCUUAUCUUGGGUGCUCCCCAAGGCAAAGUGUAUGGCAAUCUUCGGACAGUCGCAUCGCGGAUGAAGCAGCGGUUUUAA